AUGACCUUACACUCUAAGAGAGGCACUUUAUUAAGGUUACAGGAGCUUGGUCACCAUGAGCUGGGUAACAAUAAUCUCAAAUUAUACCUAUCAGAUGCCAAGAUAGUAGACUAUAGCUUUGCUGUGCAAUCGCAAGAUGGCUCAGGACAUAUGACGCCACGCAUUAACAAUGACAUACAAGUCGACCAACCAAUCUUGGUCGCAACAAAUCUGAUAGAGAUGAGUUACACAUACUCAUAUCCAAAAGAUAUUACCAACAUGUUGAAAUAUCAUGAAUUCCAGAUGUUAAUAUUAAUCAAAUCCAAUAAGCUUCGCAGUAAAAAGAAAGAUUGGACGCAUAUAAGACAGCAACGUAAAGGAAUAGUGACUCAAAAAAAAAAAAGGGGGAAGAUCCAACCAUGGCAGCCACGUUAUUCAUAUUCUAUCAAAACACAAAGGCACUAUCAUAGGCAUAUAACAAGCAGACCUCACUAA